UAAACUCUAUUGUGUCAAGCAUGGAAUUGUUGGAGAAUAUCAAUGUGACCAUGUCACCCUUGACCUUCUCCCAAUUUAAAGAUGGUAACAUGGAGGUCACACUUACCAGCAAGACUUCUGGCAAGUGUGAAGAAAUGAAAGUAAAAUUGAAGAAAACAGAUGAUCCCAUGAAAUUUAGUGUAGAUGAGGGCAAACGUGAUGUGUAUAUAACUAAGACAUCUGUGCCAGAUCAUUGGAUUAUCAUUUGUGAGGGUGAGCUCCAUGGCAAACAAAUCAGAGUGGCCAAACUUGUGGGUCCAAACACAUAUGCAAACCCCUUAGCAAUGAAAGAGUUUAAAGAGUUCAUCAAAAAGGAAGGACUUGGUGAUAAAAGAAUCAUCUCUCCCAGUCAAGAAGAGUCUUGCACUCCUGAGUAGGCUUAAGGAGGAGAUAUUAUCUUCAACCUCAGAAUCAAGGAUAUCCAGGAAAUCCCUGCCAUCUCCUCAGAUGAUUAAUAGCUCCCUCUGUUUGGUUCCUCUCCUCAGCCUCCUCCUUUGCUUUCUAAUAUUUUCUUCCAGUUAUACAUAAAUGUA